ACCGAGGCUCCGUUGAACCCGAAGGCUAACCGCGAAAAGAUGACGCAAAUCAUGUUCGAAACGUUUAACACGCCCGCCAUGUACGUGGCCAUCCAGGCGGUGCUAUCCCUGUACGCAUCCGGUCGCACCACCGGAAUCGUGCUCGACUCGGGCGAUGGCGUGUCCCACACAGUACCGAUCUACGAAGGGUACGCGCUGCCACACGCAAUCCUGCGACUCGAUCUGGCCGGUCGCGAUCUCACCGACUACUUGAUGAAGAUCUUGACCGAGCGUGGCUACUCGUUCACCACCACGGCCGAGCGUGAAAUCGUGCGCGACAUCAAGGAGAAGCUGUGCUACGUCGCACUGGACUUCGAGCAGGAGAUGGCCACCGCGGCGUCGUCCAGCUCGCUGGAGAAGAGCUACGAGCUGCCGGACGGGCAGGUGAUCACGAUCGGCAACGAGCGGUUCCGUUGCCCGGAGGCCCUGUUCCAGCCCUCGUUCCUGGGCAUGGAAGCGUGCGGUAUCCACGAGACGACCUACAACUCCAUCAUGAAGUGCGACGUCGACAUCCGUAAGGAUCUGUACGCCAACACCGUGCUGUCCGGCGGUAGCACCAUGUACCCGGGCAUUGCCGACCGUAUGCAGAAGAAGAUCACCGCCCUCGCCCCAUCAACCAUGAAGAUCAAGAUCAUCGCGCCGCCCGAGCGCAAGUACUCGGUCUGGAUCGGUGGUUCGAUUCUUGCGUCGUUGUCCACCUUCCAGCAGAUGUGGAUCUCGAAACAGGAGUACGACGAGUCCGGCUCGUCGAUCGUUCACCGAAAGUGCUUCUAA